CUAUUCUAAUCGAUUGAUUGAUUAUCUUGACCAUCAACUUAAUCAACAAAUUAUCUGAUUAAGAAGCAAAAAAAAUCGAUAAUUUUGUCUGAUUCAAUUUCCUUAAUCAAGCGCAGCCUCCUAACCGGCUUAAUCUGAUAGAAAAUCGUUCUCAUUGAUUAUUAUUUACCUGAUCAUUUAUUUCAUCAUCUGUUCACAAUCAACUGAACAAUUAGAAUGACCAAAAGUCAUAAUUUUCAUCAAUAAAAUGUUAAACUGAUUCUAAUUGUUAUCCCGACACUCAAAUUGUUGGGCAACUCCUCCAGUCUUAAUCAUCACAAACACUUCCAAUGGAUCCAAUUGAAUUGAUCAAUAAUCAAUCCAAGUGUAACAAUAAGGAAACAAUUAGAACAGCUUCUGAAUCAGAACAGCAAGAAUACAAUGAAUUACGUUCAAAUCGGUCAAUUGAAACUCUUGCUGAUGUUUUCACCUUAGGAUUAACUGUUUCAGAUAAUGGUCCUUGUAUUGGUAAAUUAGUUUCCAAUGGUCAAUACGAGUGGACAUCAUAUUCAACUGUCUAUGAAAAUAUUGUCACAAUUGGUCUUGGAUUGAGACACUUGGCAAUCCUUUCUGGAUCUAAAUUUAACAUUGGCUUAAUUGCUAGUAAACAUUUAGCUGAUUGUUGUCUAAUUGAAUUUGCUUGCUACAAUAGCGGAUUAAUUGUUGUGCCUUUAGAUGACAAUUUAACACCAAAAGAUUGUGCGUUGAUAUUGGAACAACUAAAUAUUGGCUGUGUCAUAGUGGACACACCUGAUAGAGUUCAUGGUUUAAUUGGUCAAUCAAAUUGUCUUCAAUGUUUAAAAUUCAUCGUAGUAAUUGAAAGUAUCAUCGAAAGCUUUAAAAGCAAAGCUUUCGCUUAUGGAUUAACUGUUAAGACGUUAAAUCAAGUGAUUAAGAUUGGAGAGGAAGAUCCAAUUUAUCCUGAGGAGAAAAUCAAUUCCAAAGAUAUUGCUCUGAUAAUCCAUUCAAAUGGUUCAACUGGAAAACCCAAAGGAAUCAAAUUAACUCAUGAUAAUAUUUUAUCAAAUGCGAUCGCAGUUACAAUUAGAUUAGGUAAUCAUAAGCCAAAUAAAUGUGAUAUCCUCUUCUGUUAUAUGCCAAUCACUCAAAUGUAUCAAAGAUGCUUCCAGAUUGUUACUCUAAUGGCUGGUGGACGUUUGGGUUUCUCUGGAAGUGAUUUGAAACAAUCAUGGAAAAAUAUGGAAUCCUUGAAACCGACAUUGUUGGUUACAAUUCCUCAUCUAAUUAAGAGUCUUCAUGAUAAAUUGUUCCUUAAAGUUAAAGGUAAUUUGAUUGCUGAAUGGUUUUUACAUCGGUCACUGGUCACUUUAGGUCCAUGUUCUGGUCGGCAACGUCUCUCCAUUUGGCAAUCAUAUGUACUUUCAAGAAUACGAAAUCGACUCGGUGGUAAUUUAAGAUUAAUCAUUGUCGCCAAAUCGCAUCUUCCAAGAUAUUUAAUGAACUUUAUCCGUUUAUCAUUAGGAGCCAAGGCAAGGAAUAGAUUGAUUAGAUUUAGAUGAUGAUUACAAUUAACUUUUUGUUGCUCAGGUUUUCACCAGCUAUGGACUAAAAGAAACCUCUGGACCUUGUACCAUGUCAUUUUCGAGCGAUGAAUCGACAGAACACGUUGGAUUCCCGUUACCUAAUGUGUCCAUUAAAUUGAUUCCAAUGAAAAGUUUACAGGAAUUA